UGACGAGAAAAAACACAACAUGGAAAAUUAACAUGAUGGUAUCGGAGAACAACAUGACUGAAAAUGGGGAGGGAGAGAAACAUGAGCUUGACAUAAUGGUGUCGGAGAACAACAUGGCUGAAAAUGGGGAGGGAGAGAAACAUGAGCUUGAAAGCAUCAAAUUCAAGACCAAGAAGAAGGUUGGAGGGAUCAAAGCAAUGCCGUAUAUCCUUGCAAAUGACAUAUGCGACAUAUUUGCGUCCGUUGGUUGGCGAUCAAACAUGAUAACAUACUUGACAAUGGUGCUGAACAUGCCACUCGUCAAGGCUUCCAACACCAUCUCAUACUUUAGUGGCGCCGGCAAUUUCACGCCGCUGAUCGGUGCUUUCAUUGCCGACUCCUUCGCCGGACGGUAUUGGACCAUCCUCGUUGGUUCUAUCAUCUAUGAACUGGGAUUGGUGAGCAUCACCAUAUUAGCAACACUAACCCAGCUUCGCCCCCCUGGCUGCCCAUCUCAAGAAAAUUGCAAGGAAGCAUCAUCCCAACAGCUAUUGCUCCUUUACCUUGCUCUCCUCCUUACGUCAAUUGGUUCAGGCGGAAGGAGGCCAUGCGUGGUCACAUUUGCAGCCGAUCAAAUUGACAUGUCCAAAUCGAAGGUCGAGUCUAGAAAGUGGAACUUCUUCAACUGGUACACUUUCUGCCUCGGAAUGGGAUCACUAGCUGCUCUAACAAUUGUGGUUUAUGUCCAAGAUAAUGUAGGGUGGGGACUUGGUUUCGGCAUCCCAACAACUGCUAUGGCUAUUUCCGUAAUAGCCUUUGUUGUAGGGUCUCCUCUCUAUAGGAAAGUGAAACCAAGGGGGAGUCCUUUCGUUAGAUUGGCGCAGGUAGUUGUCGCUGCUGUGAAGAAGAGGAACGAAGUUGCACCAAAAGAUGCAGCCAUGCUGUACGAAAAUAGAGAGCUUGAUGCUGAUAUUUCCAACAAUGGAAGGCUACUACAUUCAGAUCAAUACAAGUGGUUUGAUCGAGCUGCUAUUGUGACUGAAGACGAUGACAAAGAUCUAAACUCCCCAAACCUCUGGAGACUAGCUACUGUCCAUCGAGUCGAGGAAGUAAAGUGCAUCAUCCGGAUUCUGCCAAUCUGGGCAGCCGGAAUAUUAAUUGGAGCAUCCCAUCAAGGUAGCUUCGUAAUAAUACAAGCUGGCUCAAUGGACCGUUACCUCUCUCCGUCCUUCCAGAUCCCUCCAGCUUCCAUGUCUAUCUUCGCUAGCCUUACUUUGGUCAUUGGCAUUAUCCUUUAUGAGCGCCUAUUCGUUCCCUUUGCUCGUUGGUUGACCAAAAAUCCCACAGGCAUCACAUACUUGCAGAGAAUAGGGAUAGGCCUCACAUUCCACAUUCUCUCCACUAUAGUAGCAGCCCUUGUCGAGAUCAAGAGGAAAAAAGUGGCUGCACAUCACGGCUUACUUGACAAGCCAACAGCUAUCAUUCCCAUAAGUGUUUUUUGGUUGCUCCCUCAGUUUUGCCUUGAGGGAAUAGGCGAGGUUUUCGCGUCCGUUGGGCACUUGGAGUUUCUCUACGAUCAAUCGCCAGAGAGCAUGAGGAGCAUGGCUGCUGCGCUCUAUUGGAUAGUAACGUCAAUAGGAGACUAUACAGGUUCAUUGAUUGUGUCAUUAGUUCACAAAUAUACUCAGAAUAAUGGGGAAUGGUUGCCUGAUAGGAAUCUCAACAGGGGAAAACUGGAAAACUACUAUUGGCUGGUGAGUGGUAUACAAGCCUUCAAUCUUGUCUACUAUGUAGCAUGUGCUUGGUUUUACUCUUAUAAGCCACUAGAAGAGGCGGCAGAAACAAAAGUUGAAGGGGAUGUGGAAUUAGCCACUGGAAAAUAUAUCAGAUGAUGCUAAUGGAAAUGGGGAAGCGGCAAUGAACAAGGUGAGACAAACCAGAAUGGUUGGUUAAGGUGCACUGGUUUAGGGCUUAAUCCACCAGUAUUUCGUACAUUUAUCUACUAGUACCUAGGGGGCGGAAAAUUAAGCAUCUGUAUCUCUUAGUUUUCUGUACUUCUUUGAUUCAGCUUCAUCCCUCUAAUGAUUUGGCAGCCCAGAAAAGUAGAACUUCAAAUCUAAAGCUAUGUCAUGAUAAGAGUGCGUCGAAUUUCUGGAACAUUCUAAACUUAAAUACCAAAAUAUUGGGAUGAA